CCUCCCGGGGCCGUGCGGGACCCGCGGCGGGGCUGCCGGCUCCCGCGCCCAGAGGAAUGCAGCCUUCAAAGGCAGAACCAUCCUGCAGCCUUUCCAUGCCAAGGCAGAAGACCCACUCUGAGAUUAUAAAUGAAGCCAGAAAUUUUCUACGCACGCUGGGAACUCGGAGACCAUUUACACCUACAGAGGAUCAAAGGAAACUUUUUGGAUCUGGAUCCUCAGGAGCUCCUCAAAAUAGACCCCCUUCAGUUUUUAGUUUUGAUGUGGCUGAAUCAAGACCAGUGCCUAGUGUACGUUUGAGCCCACUGGACCAUAAACCAAUACUAGUCACUUUUGCAGAAGAUGAAGCUUCUUCCAUUUUCCUUCCAAAGCCUCCUGCAGAUGCUGCAGGGGUUAGAAAAGCCAGCAGUGCUCGGGCUGGCUUAUUUAGAAGAAUUUCUGAGGGAAACUUCCUUUCUGCUAAAAUGGUUCCUCCUAUUCAGAAUGAAGAGAAGCCAGAGUCUGAAGAACCAGCUAUGAUAAAUAAUCUCUGCAGCAGUAAUGAUAACUGCUUAGCAGAGCAGAGGUCAAACACACCAUUUAAUGAGGAAAGUCGACAAUUAAUUUGUAACGAGCGUAUCAGCAGAUGGAAGAGGGAAGACUUCCUAACAGGGACAGCAGGAGAAGUUUUAUUUCAACUGAGAGGAAGAAGAAGUGUCACCAGUGAUGGCAGAUUUGCUGAUGAAGAGCAACAGUUUCCCUGUGACCAGAUGAAAAAGCCUGACACAAAUUCAUCACAGCCAGGGAGUACAAGCUGGAAGAGAAGAGUAACAGGCUUAGAGGAUGAAAGAAGAGUAAGUGAAUCCAAAGAGGAAGAAAACUUUUGGCAUUUCAAGAUUCUACCAAUUCUGCAUGAAUUGGAAAAAGAAGACAAUGUAGAAAAUCUUUGUCUGGCUUGCACCAGGCUCUACCAAGCCUUGAAUGAAGGAAAUAUGCUGGGAAAAAGAUUUAAAAGAAGAAAUGUGCUUCUGAAGACAUUGUAUAAACUAGUAGACAUUGAUUCAGAUCCACUUUACCUGAAGCUGGCAAAGAUUAUUCUGGCUAUGAAAGUGGGUGGAAAAAAUCUUCUCAGUGUUUGCAAGCUUGUGUUUAAAAUCUGCAGGAACGAAAAAAAUGAUGGCCUCAUUCAAGAAGAGAGAUUAUGGGAUUGUUUGUUGGAGGUCCUGAGAACUGAAGAUCUACUCAAAAACAAUGAAGCUCUCCUGUAUUGCAUGAGAGCUAUAAAAUUCAUGUCUGGAAAUGCAGUACUCCUUAAGGAAAUGGUCAACAAAGGAGCUAUUGAAACAUUGCUGCAAUUAAUGAAGCAGAUUAAUAAUAUAAAAGAAAAUGACACAUAUUUCUUCAGCUUGGGCCACCUAUUAGUUCAGCUGACAGCUACUCUGAGAAACUUGGCUGAGUUCCCUCCAGCAAGACAUCAGCUCCUCUGCGGCGCUGCAGCCUCUGAGCUCUGCCUGGCACUGGAGCUACGAGCCAACGACAAGGAUGUGAGCACCUACAUUGUCAGGAUAUUCAGCAAACUUUCUUCUUACAAUGACUUCUGUGCAGCUUUAGCAGACUGCUCCAGAUGUUACGUCUUAUUUUUAGCCCUACUAAACAAACACCAGAAGCAGCAGGGUUUGGUUAUCCGGAUCCUCUUCACUCUUGGGAAUUUAACAGAAAAGAAUAACCAGGCCCGGGAGCAGUUGUUUAAAGAAACAGGAAGUGUUGACACCUUGAUAUCGUUAUUCCAAACCUACCAUGAACUCGACUUGAAUGCACAGAAAUGGUACCAUGAAAGAGGAGGGGAGGAAAAAAACCACCCCAAGCAUCCUUCAGAGGCAGAAGAUGUUCUGAUAAAGUUGAUAAGGGUGCUGGCCAACCUCUCCGUGCACCCCCGUGUGGGAGCAGCUCUGGCAGCUGCCCAUCCUGUGGUAGAAUUACUUGUUGCAGUACUAGAAUACAAGUCAAUUGAUGACUGUGAGGAGCUGGUCAUCAGUACCACAACAGCCAUCAGCAACUUAUCCUAUUACAAAGGGAAGAGUUCUGCUGUUCAAGGCAAGAAGCUACACAUUGCUAAAUUGCUUUUCAAGCUGUUAAUGAGCAACAAUAUGGAUGGAGUUGUGGAGGCUGUCAGAGUCUUUGGCAAUCUUUCCCAGGAUCAUGAGAUCUGUGACUUCAUCAUGCAGAAAAAGAUAUACAGGUUUGUGAUUGCUCUCCUUGAUGCCAAGAAUCAAGAUGUCUGUUUUUCUGCCUGUGGAGUUCUGCUCAAUCUCACAGUUGAUCAGAACAAACGAGCUCUUCUGAUGGAAGAAGGAGGAGUUAGAAAGUUAGUUGACUGUUUAGGAGACUUUGGGCCAGCAGACUGGCAGCUGGCUUGUUUGAUCUGCAAAACCCUGUGGAACUACUGUGAAGACUGCACAAGUGCUGCCUCAUGCUUUGGAGAAGAUACCAACACGUUGCUGGUGCUGCUUACAUCACUGCUAGAUGAGGAGCUAGCACUGGAUUACAGCCUCGACAGAGAUUUAAGGGACCACCACAAACUAUAUUGGGAAAGAGAAUUCAAACCUGUGGCAGAAAAACUUCUUGACAGAAUUCAAAGCCAUCACUCCUUUCCUCCCACUAUGACUGUUCCUCCAUUUUAACCAGUUAUGACUUUGUUGAUGGUGUAGAUUGUACAGCUUUAGAUUUCCAAUAUCCCUGCACGUGGCCAUUGGUGAGCAUGUUGGAGAGCAUGGUAAGUUAAUUUAAGAACAAUCAGUAAAGUAGCAUUUAUAUACUGGAUACUGUUUUUUGAGAAGCUUGUUUGAAAACUGUGCAUGUGUAAUGAGUUUUUACAACAUAUUUGAGCUGAUCAAGCUGCUGUUCAGUGUGAUUUGUUGAGUUUCUUGGCUGGGAAACUGAAACAAAACUAUUUGCUGAACUUUUAGUUUUUCAGUUACCACUGGGUACCAGGAACUCUGUGGUUCCAAAAAUGCUGUGCACUGUAAAAUGGUGUUUGCUACAUGACAGGAGCUACAUCUCACCUGCAGGCUUUGACACCCUUUUUUAUUUGAUGCAGGAUUCUGCCCCAGAGUAACCCAGAUGCUCUGGGGAAUUCUGCUGGGCAUGUCAUGAGCUUCACUCUUGGGAUGGGAUGUUGCCAGUGGCCAGGAGGGAAAGCUGCCCCCUUUCCCUCUGGAGAUCUCCCUCUCUUUGCCUGAUGCUGUGUGGCUGGGCCAUCCCAGCUCCUGUCUUGGUGCUUGUGGGGUAUUAAGUCUGGCUGUGCAGGAAAGAGGCUUUUCUUAAUUGGAACUUGACAUUUUAAGGCAAAACACCCAUGUCCCUGAUGUAAGAAAAGGUUUUAGCUGGU